GGUUGUUCUCGGUGGGGGGUGGAAACUAUGUUGAUGUUGUUGUUUUCCCACUCGCUUGUCGCCGGCUAAAAUGUUGCUUCGAAAGCUGAGCACAUUUGGCGGCGCAGCCAAAACGUUUGCCAAGGUAGUGCCGACCAACCUGAAAGGUAAAAGUAAAAGUUCCCAAGAAUGGCUUACCAGACAGCUGCGCGAUCCGUACGUGGAACGGGCAAAGAUGAUGAACUACAGAUGUCGAAGUGCAUUCAAGCUGCUGGAGAUAGAUAAUAAAUAUGGGCUCGUGAAACCGGGCUACACGGUAAUCGAUUGUGGUGCAUCGCCCGGCUCCUGGACGCAGAUUGCCGUAAAGCAGUCGAACGCGGACGGAGGACUGCCAGGCAAGCCCAAGGGCAUGGUCGUGGGUGUAGAUCUGCUCCAAAUAUACCCAAUAGAGCAUGCGAUUCUUUUCGGCAAUAGUGACUUUUUGCGCAAGGAAACGCAGGACAAGAUAAGGGCCAGUCUCGGCGAACGACGGGUCGACUGUGUCCUCUCCGACAUGGCACCGAACGCGUCCGGCAUACGAGCGCUUGACCAGGAAAACAUAACGACCCUUUGCUACGCCGUGCUGCGGUUUGCGAUCCUAAUGUCCACGCCGAACGCGUCCCUGCUAAUGAAGGUGUGGGAUAACGGGGACGUGCCCAAGCUGGAGAAAAGCAUACUGGAGUACUACAAAACAGUGAAGCGAGUGAAGCCACAGGCGAGCCGGGACGAUUCGGCGGAGAAUUUCAUCCUAGCCCGUGGCUUCGUUGGUAUCGAGCGGUGAGGUCAGGUGGCAAUAAAUAGUUGUUUGCGGUUGUAUAAAAACGGACUAGUCAUUCUACAGUGAAAACAGUAAAUUCGUAAUCGUUUAAAAAAACACCAAAUUAUUUC